GCUUCCUGUUGCGGCCGCCAGGGGGCGUCUCGAGUCCUGAAACAGAGUCUCAGCUCGGUCCUCUUCUCCUCACAAAUGUCGUUCCUGUUGCUUAACAACUGAUUUAUUCUUGAUGCUUCGGUCAACCCGCUGCAGUCUGCCCCUUUCCUCCUCUCACCUGCCGCAGGAUGCUACCAGUUUGUUACUUCCAGACUGACACACUUCCUCACACUUUUUAUUUAUUAUUUUAAUCAACAAUUGGCGAGCCGUUGCUUGGAUUGGAUUCUUAAGCCUCCCACCACCUGCGUGGAAGAGUGACUGGAUCACGAGCUGCGAGAGCUCUCCGUCCUGUGUGAGAAAUGCGUUAUCCGGCUCACGCUGUGCGGCACCGGGGCAAACUACAGACUGCAGGCUGAUGCGCACCUUCUGUCGUUUCCGACAGGUGUGCGGCCGUGAGCGGGUCUGACUGCUGCGGCGCAGAGCGCGCGACUCCUCCGCGCAGACGGCUGGUUGAGCGUGCCACUGUUUUGGCGAGCUGGCGGGUGACAUGUAGAGCUGGGAGGCAUGCAGCUGAGAGCCGCGGACACGAGGAUACACCGCGCCAGGAUGGGACUCCCCGUGCUUUUCCAGUGGCUUAUCUUCAUAGUGGUGGUACCCACAUGGUUGUUUGCGGCUCCGAACCGGGAGCGCCCCUGUCCCCAUAGCUGCAGGUGUGAUGGGAAAAUAAUAUACUGUGAAUCGAAUGCCUUUCACGACAUGCCAAACAAUGUGUCUGUGGGCACACAGGGUCUGUCCCUUCGCUACAACAGCCUGGUAAGCCUAAGAGCCCACCAGUUUGCAGCACUGAGUCAACUCGUUUGGCUCUACCUGGACCAUAAUUACAUCAAUGCUGUGGAUGGCCAGGCCUUCCACGGGAUACGGAGGCUCAAGGAACUGAUUCUCAGCUCAAAUAAGCUCACAAAGUUAAAAAACAACACGUUUCACGAUGUCCCCAAUUUACGAAACCUUGAUCUGUCCUACAACAAGCUGCAGGUUCUCCAGCCAAACCAGUUUUUUGGUUUACGAAAGCUGCUCAGCCUGCACUUGAGGUCAAACUCCUUAAAAACCAUCCCCAUGCGUGUUUUUCUUGAUUGUCGCAACCUGGAGUUUCUUGAUGUUGGCUACAACAGGCUGAGGAGCCUUACACGAAAUGCCUUUGCAGGACUCCUAAAGUUGAUUGAGCUUCAUUUGGAGCACAAUCAGUUUUCAAAGAUAAACUUUGCUCAUUUCCCCCGCUUGACUAACCUACGGGCGCUUUACCUGCAGUGGAACAGGAUAAAAUUGCUUAACCAGGGUCUGCCGUGGAUGUGGACUUCCUUACAAAAGUUGGACCUCACAGGAAAUGAGUUGGACAUUCUGGAUUCAAACACAUUUCAGUGCCUGCCUAACCUUCAGACUCUUAAUCUGGACUCCAACAAACUCACCAACAUUUCUCAGCAGACGGUGGACACCUGGAUCUCCCUCACAACCAUCAGCCUGGCUGGCAAUUUGUGGCACUGUAACCCCAACAUAUGUCCUCUGAUAUCUUGGCUCAAAGCCUUUAAGGGUAACAAGGGGACAACUAUGAUUUGCGCCACUCCUAAGGAGGCCCAAGGAGAGAAAGUAACAGAUGUGGUGGACACUUACAAUGUCUGUACAGCAACGCCAACUCCACUCACCUCCACGACCUUGCCCCUCACUUCUGUGUUUCAGACGGAGCUGCCGUCUUUUCCCACGCAGUCCUCUGUGGAUCAAAAGCUGAUCUGGAACAGGACGGAUUCUUCUUCCCCUUCACCUUCCCAGGCCUCCCCCACCUCCCCCCUGCCUGACAGUGAGCUUGUAUCCUUCCACAAAAUCAUAGCCGGCAGCGUGGCCCUUUCCCUAUUCGUGACCAUAAUUCUGCUAGUGAUCUACGUGUCGUGGAAACACUAUCCCAACAGUCUCAAACAGCUUCAGCUGCGCUCAGCAGUCAAAAAGCGCCAGAAAAAGGCUCGGGAGAUCGAGCGCUCUUUUAAUUCUCCACUGCAAGAAUAUUACGUGGACUACAAACCUUCCCACUCAGAGACUAUGGAUGUUCUGGUUAAUGGAACAGGACCUUAUACAUACACGAUCUCAGGCUCGAGGGAAUGUGAGGUAUGACUGUUGCCCUCCAAAAACCAAUUUCCACUGCAAAGGCGUAAGAGAUACCACAGCAGCUGAAUCCCCUGGCUGUGUACAGGCAUGAGCAGUCAGUUCUGUAUCACUGCCAUGUCCACCUGUCGCUGCAACACAAUGUGGACAUUGAGCCGCCCACUCAAGAGCUAGGAGGUCCAGGGCCAACCUUGUGCAACCCUUGACUAAUGACUGCCCUUCCCUCUGAGCCUGUGCUGCCUUGCCCCCAGACUCACUCCUACCACCGGUGAACCGAGCACACCGUGAGGCUCUAGUCUCCUAACUGCUGCAUUUCUGCUCCACAAACUCAGUGGACUGGUCAAAUGAAAAAAAGUGAUGUGUGGGUGGGAAAUGGGGCUGGUAAAGAAACAAAGGAAACAAAUAAUCAAAAGCAGAGCAUACUGGAACCUGUGUAAUGAAAAUAAAACUAUUUUUCAGUUUAAAAACAAGGGCAAGUAGGUGCAAGAGUAUUGAUUGGUAAGCAUCCGACUUAUCUGACCUUAACUGUCCUUAAUUAGCAAAACGUGGCUGAACCCUGGAGUCUACUUCUUGGGGAGUAUUAAGGAUAAUAAUUUUACUGAUUUGUUAAUCUUAUAAAACACAUUUCCUCAUCUUCUCAUAAUCUGAGCAACUAUUUGCUGCUCUGGUAAUCAAAUGCAAAAUGCUAUAAGUGCAGCAGGGAAACAGCGUGCUGAGCACAUGUGCAGCAUGUGCUUUUCUGCUGCUUUUUUUUCAUCUGCGCUGUCAGUCAGAAAGAAACCUCUGACUGACAGCGCAAAACUCUCAAGCAAUGUGCGCUUCAGGAUAAAUGAACUAAAACUGGAGAAACAUUCUGGAAAGAACAGAUCUCCAUCUACAAUGUACAGCCUAUUCAAAUUUAAUGGCCCUAAGUUAUGCUUUCAUGGUGACUUGAUUUGUGAUGUUUAUCAAAUUCAUCUAAUUGAGCCGCAGAAUAAACUUUACAAAAAAAAAAAACGCCAAGAAGCUU